GGCGACCCAAACGCGAUGCGAGGGCAGCAGAGAUAGGAGAGAGAGGGGAGAAAGAAACUGAAGCGACCGAGGUUUUGCCCCCAAAUCCCCCACCCCACUCACGCGCACCUCGCCGCCGCCGCCCCCGUCCCCUCCCUCCCUCCACCAAACCCUCGUCGCCGCCGCAGCGCAGCGCAGCACCGCAGUCGCCCCCCGAUGGCGACCGCCGCCGGCCCCGUCGGCGGGCUGUCGGCGAAGGACGAGAUUAGGGAGGUGGAGAUGGAGAUCAUGAACCCGCCGGAGGAGGCGGCGGAGCGGGCCGGGCUGAAGAGGGCCUGGGGCUCCGCGAGCGCCGGCGCUUCUCAUGGUUUUAUUGGAGUGACUACUGCUGAAAAGAAGCCAACACUCCUGCCUCAUAACAAUGUCAAAUAUCUGAAGAAAACUGGCAGUGGCAAUCUUCUACGUUCGGAUAUGCCAGAUACUAAUGCUUGGAGAUUUAGUAGCUCAUCUCCUGGUGGAGAUCUGGGGAGCAAAACCAGAACCCCUACGAGUACCUUUAAUGCUCAAGGAAAGAAUUGCACUUCUCCUCAUGAAAGAGAGGGUUCUGGUUUUGGUAACCUGUGGAGUCAAGAAGAAAAUGCUGGUUCACUCACAUCAGUUGGUUAUGGGAAACAUAGAGGCUCUGAAGAAGGAUUUGAAGCACAAUGUGUAUCCAACUUGAAUGAUCUGCACAACUAUGGGCGAUAUAGGACCCUCAUUCAUUCUUAUGGCGAAGAUAAUAGGGGGCUGGCUCAUAACUCGCCCAACCUAAAUAUUUCGGAGAGGUCUUGCAGAACUGAUAAUUUAUGGACUACAAAGCCUACCCCUCCUGUAAAUGAGCUGGUGCAGAUCUCAGUUCAAGGGAAAAACCACAAACCUAGUCUCAUGGGACGCCAUAUUAGUUUGCCCUCUGAUAGCUACUUGGAUGGCAGGGGAACCUUAAGUAGAUUGCAUUUAGAUGGAGAAAAUCUGUUGCCGGAUCUGAAUGUGGCCAAAGCAAGCAGCCUAAGUGAUUCUCAUGUCUCUGAUUAUUGGCAUCGGCCAUUUGACUCAUCUGUUUCAUUUGACUAUCCCCAGUAUGGUGAGAAGCGAUCUGUUUAUGGUGGACCAACAGAAAAUCUUCCUCACAAACAUCAGAAAGAACAUAGUUCAAGCUUUGCCUCAUACGGCUCAAACAGUAUAACAGGGUUCAGAAGUCCAGGCUACAAUAGCUCUGCUCAUUCCUUGGGUAGCCAACCUUCUCGAGCAAUUACUCACCUAGGAAUGCCGUCCCCUCAUCAGUUAACACCUGGUAUUGAGAAAUUUGGUCUCCAUAAAGAUGUAUAUUUUGACAAGGGCUGUGGUACAUCUAGGCUUGGGUUACGUGCAAGCAGUUCAUGCCAACCUGAGCACCUUUCCCCAAUCAAGGAUGACCCUUGGGUAACUUCAGUGCCUUUUGUACCUCUUGUUGAGUUUCCCAACAGUACAUCACCUUCAAAUAGUCCAUAUGACCCACUUGCUGACAGUAUGGACCCUCCCAAAGUUGAAAGUGGCAAUAUUCUCAAGUCCUCCAACAUAUCCUGCAGCAUUUCAAGUCAGCACACUGCUGGGAAUGGUGUUAUAUAUGGAGAUAUCAACAAAUCAUUGAUUUAUGCUGAUAAGUUGGCAAGGAAUAUGUCGGCAAAAGGGUCAAAUGAGUUUGCAGGCUUGGUUGCACCUGUUAAGGAACGCUCUAGUCUGGAUGUCGAUACUUUGGUGAAAGCUUUUGAAAGAACCAAAGAUGGAGCAAUUGAUGAGAAAACGAGGGAUUAUUUCCGUAUUCAUUUGGCAGAACAUGUGAAGGAGUUGCUGAAACCUAUUUGGAAGGAAGGCAAACUGAGUAAAGAUGCUCAUAAACUGAUAGUAAAAAAAUCUGUUGACAAAGUUCUUGCUUCAGUUGAUCUGCAUCAAGUACCAGCUACUAAAGAAUUGAUAACUGAUUAUAUAACCAUGUCUGGAACAAAGAUUGAAAAGCUUGUGAAGGCAUAUGUUGAUAGGCAUGGUACAAGAUGAGAUCCAGACUUCUAAAAGCUGAGCUCCAUCACCUAUAUAUGGGCUUUCAGCAAACACCUUUCCGAUGUGAUUAAUCUGCAGUCCAAUGUUGCUAGGCCUGAUCUGCAGUCCAAUGUUGCUAGGCCUGAUCUGCAGUAGCCAACCUGAAGUGAAGUGGAUUCAGGGAAGCAUUCAAUUUUGCAUCUUUAAGGUUGCCAGAUAUUAAAGUCGUCUUUGAGCCUAUUAUAUCCUCAUUUUAUCAUCACUGAUCAAACUUAUGAGAGCUGCCAGAACAUGCAAAUGGAAACAAACAGUUCGCCUCAUUCACCUUCUCAGAUUUUUUAUGGCCUGUACUGCUUAAUUCCUUGGCCCAUUCUGCUGAAAAGGUUCUGUUUCUGGACGGAAUGGCGUUCCAGAUUGGAAUGCUAAUACUAAAGAGUGUCCAUGUCCUGACUCGUCCAUGAAGUGGUUUGACCUAACCUCUGCCCUCAAAUGCCUAUGCUCACCCAAGCUGUAGAUCACAAAUACCUUGCUGGUCAGGCUGCGCUCUGCUUCCCAUGGGAACUGAUGCUUAACUCAGCCCUGCUCGGCGGGGCAGCUGGCUGCCCAUCUCCAUCGCCCGCCUCAUGCUUACUCUGUCUGCCUCAUCCUCCGUGUUACAUUCUUCCUCCAACAGCAAGGUGUGGUUUGGCUUUCGGUUCUGUUUUGCCGGCGAGAAUGGUGAAGGCUUUGGUUAACAUUUAAGAUCAGCAUUAAAACAGGCUUCUACUGUGCAGCCUGUGUUAUAUCACUAAAUAAAUGGAAUUUAAUUUCAAUGCCACUAGUUGACUCUGAAACUAUAAAUGUAUUAAAGAAAAUGGAGUCACAAAUGCAACCAACACAACCCUCUACACUUACAUCCCAGGCUACACAGCCCCUACAGUAAGAUGCAACAAACAGAGAGCCAAACUAACAAUCUUAACCAAACAGGUUCCAACACAAGAAGUAAAGGCAGGACAAACAGGUCCGUCUAUAAGUAUGUCUUCCGUUUUUGCUAUGCUGAUGUAUUGACCAGCCUGGACUAUAUUGGUUCGGAAACUACCUCAUUAACACAUAUUGACCCAGCUUGUACUAGUCACUGGAGCACAUGCCCCCACCACACAGCCCUCUCAAUUGUGUGCUCUACUCACCUCCCGAUUGAAUCCCCUUCUCCAAAAUCCCUUGCCAAGUUCAGUGAGUCAGGCGAGGCUGCAGCACAAGCUUCCUUGGUAGGGACGUGGCAUGUGUAAUUGAGCGGGACUGACGGCUGGCUCUGGGAAUGGAACCAGACGGUGACGUGGGUGCGUGAGUGGGGACAAUGGCUGGCUGCGCGCAUGGAACCAGGUCAAGUGAGGGGCCUAGGCUCGUCUUGGAGGCUCGCUCUAAAUAUACAAUCCUUGCUCAUGGCCUGAAGUAUGCCUAGAUGCUGAUGGGUGUAUUGUAUCCUGCUUGUGUUAGCUUAUGGAUUCUAUAUAUAUAUAGCAUAAUUGCAUUAAACCUGAUGGACUAUGGAUUCAUAAAACCUUGUUAUUAUGCUUACUAAACUGUGCAUUGUAGAUACUCCAGUUGUAGCAAACCUCAGAAUCUCAGUACAUUAUGGCUCAAGAAUUUUACAGUAUUGCUGUAUGAACUGACUACAUUAGCUCCAGGGUUGUAAUGCAUAAAUUUAUAACAAUUCUGCGCCAGAUUCGAGCAUGAAAAUCUUCUCAGGGUAGCUAGCUAUCUUUUCCGUACCCUCUGUUUCAGCGUCAGGUAAUACCAAUUCCUCCCUGCCCUUUCUCUUUGUAGAGAGCUACCAAACGGUAUUUAAGGCUUUUUACCUAUUUUCAUCUCAACCCAGGCUGUUUUGACCAGCCGGUAGCAUCACUGCAUGGCAAGAAAGAGAAACGAGUUUGGUGAAUGGCAUUCCUAGUGACAUUGUCAUAAAUAAAUCUACUUGUACUAAUAAAAGCAUGAGUUUGGUGAAUCCAAAUGAUCUGAGCCAUCCAACCACCUAUAUCCAACGUCUCACGCUACUCCAAUGAUGUAUCUAUCACAUCAUCAAUAAUUUGGAAAAGACAUUAAUUGCAUUAAACACAAUUAAUAUUGAAAUCAACAUUAGUUAUGGUUACUUUUGGAAAUAGUAUUACUGCCAAACUAGAUGUGCGUGCACAUACACGAUUAGUAGUAUAUUAUAUUACAUUCUAUUAUCGCUUGUCACAGAACUAGUUAUCAACAUGCGCUGCAUGUAUUAAUAUACACGAUUAGCUGCUAUUAAUAUACCGGCUAAUAUCAACAUGCGCUGCAUGUAUGCAUUUAGUAGUUGUCAUAAAUAUUCCAUAAAUAAAAUGUAUGCAUGUGUGGGGCUUAAGACCCCAGUACAACCACCGAAAACACAAAGCUCAAGGCUGUAUAAAAUUAACAAGGUAGGGUCUUAGCUUGUCUUUGACCCUAUUAACAAGUAGGCCUAGACCAGAUUUGAGGCACAACCUCCAGGAGAUCCUUGGUGGGGCAAUUCCUUCCAGACUCUUGUGAUUAUGUUCCUUGCAUCCAGAAUUUAACCACAGGACCAUAAUUUAAUUGCUUACAGGGCUGCUAAUCAUAAUUCAUUAUCUGAUGAAGGUACUAACUAAAGAACCUUUUGGUAGUAUGUCAGCUAUCAAAUAUGUGAGGCAUAUAUAAAUGCUUGCUCAUCUGCAACAUGUCUUGUGCAGUCUGGGUGUGCUAAUGAGGAUGACAAGGUUUUGGCUUCUGCUACUUGAUGCAUCGCACCAAACCUGAAGCUCAACAUUGCUUUUGUAGUCUCCUUUUCUCGUGUUCCAAGCUUUUGUAGUCUCCCUCAAAAGUUGUUGAUGUUUGUUGCUUCCUGAAUCCUGAUGGUCUGUCGUUUUGCUUCCAGUUUUCUGAAUAAAGCAGAGUGUGGCUUGUUCAAGAAAUAUACUCCCUCCAUAAAGAAACAUAAGAGCGUUUAAACCAUUACUUUAGUGAUCUAAACGCUCUUAUAUUUCUUUACAGAGGGAGUAUAUGCUUAUCUAAUGAAUUGCUCAAUAGCCUCACUUAGUAAUAUCCAAUGCCUUCGCAGGGUCUUAAAAAGGCUGCAGAGCACAGAUGAACAUCUCAUUCAUUUUCUAUGGAUUCUUUACAGUCAACACAGAGUAUCCAAAAAUGGAAAACGUGAUGAAUAUUUGUACUGUGUCCGGUUAGACAAGGUUUACGUCUGACAAAUUGCUGCACUAUGUUGAUGCAACGUAAUACUUCCAUGAAUAAUUGGUAUUUGGUUGGUAUUCCCUACCAGUAUACAACCAUCUGUGUCGGCUUGCUCAGUUGCUCAAGUGUGUUCCUAUCAUGGCACAUUUGUUUGCAGUUUUUCUAUCUUUGGAAGCCGCUAAAGCUGGCACUGAUGCUUGGUUCAGGAUCAAGACACAGACAUGCUACUGCUCCUUUUGUGGCCAAACUGUUCAUUAGCUCCUAAAGCUAUCGGGAUUCAGGAUAUGCUCUUCUGUCCUGCGGAGUUUCUUUUCAGUUAUGCUCUUGGAGUUGGAUAGUCGAGAUACUCUCUGGUAAAGAAAAUCCAGGUUCAAAGAUAUCAUGAAUAGUCAGAAAUCCUGGAUACAUAUUUCAGUUCUUGUAUUGCUUUCUUUAGCACAAGGUGCAGCGAUGCUGACGGUAUGGCAGCACCGCACAUCAAAAGCCGUAUGAUUUUUGUCUCGUGACUAGUCUGGUGGCAGGUCGUAGCUGUUUAUGAAUGCUACACGAGCAGCCUUGAGAAAGAUCUAUGAGCAGGGGAAUGCCAGUGUGGCACCAGUAUUUUUUUAAUUCUUUCUUUCAGUUUUGUACCGUGCCCAUUAUGCCAAAACUGCAAACUAUGAUGUACAGUGUGUGUUGUCUUUGUGGUUGUGGCUGCCGUUAAGCAUAAUGCGUUAUGUGCUAACACAGAUCUCUGUGGCCUUUUAUGCUCAUCGACGAUCAUUGAGGAGGUCAAGGUUGAGUGCAGGUCAUGUUUCUCAUCCUGUUCUGUUACUUUCAGGUAAAAGAGGUGCCGGCUGUGUCGUGCAUCUGUUGGCUCAGUCAGGCUCUGCUCUCUGUUGAACCCAUAUACUGGUUGUUCCAGUGCAAGUCGCGGAGUGUGCAAGGGCAGAAAUUGUCAUCGUUUCUUUGUAAUAAAGCUUUUGCUUUAAGUUGAAAAGAAAAAGGGUUGGGAAGUUGCUUGGUCUGACAUCUCAGUUUGGAGUUUUUCUUUUUUUUCCGGGGUAGUUUGGAGUUGUAAUAAUAAAUUAAAAAUACAUUUACGGGCUGUCUUCAGAUAGUGCCAACUAAUGUUAUUAUGUGCUUGUAUUCA